CUCUUUAAAUCGGCUCUGCAGUGUGACAGGCGGCUGGCCGGGCUGGCUGGGAAGAACCAUUCCCACCCUGCCGCAGGGAGCCCGGCCACGGCUGCCGCCAUCCAUGCCUCCCCCAGUCCCCAUGGUUACGGCUCCUGCUUCCUGGCCAGUUUCUCAUCCCUGGCUGCCGCCACAGAAGACAGGCGAAGGCGGCUGGCAUCCCCCAGCAGAAUCCUGGAAGCUGCCCGCUGAUCUCGAUCUCGCACUGAGUGCCUGUUCUCCCUGGCUCUGACUCAUCCUCUCCCAGUGCAGAGCUCUGUCACUGCCGCUGUGCACUGGCCACAGCCUAUCGCCAGGCUGCAGCCCUGCAAUCUGUUGAUAACUCCACUUUGGAGCUCCAGUCCAAUGCCUCUUGUGAUGGAAAGCUUUUCCCGGCACAAGUACCCUGCAACAUCGCACCAGUGACAGGAAGCACAAAACCAGUGCCGCUCCAGCCUUUUUUGACAAAACAGAUGAGUGCAGCCUGCGGACCCUCACCCGCCCCAUCAGGGUCAUCCUGAGGCACACUGCUCUAGAGCUUGACUUUAGCUGCUGUUUGGGACUUUGACCUUCUGAAUGGCCAUGGAACCUGGUGGGGAGAAGGGCGCGACAUAAUUGUCUCUGCGGGCGACACCACCCCCACCAGUGCUCUUACCUCAGUAACUCUGCAGGGCUCAUGGAUUUGAAGACUGUCCUCUCCCUGCCCCAGUACCCAGGGGAGUUCCUGCACCCUGUGGUGUAUGCAUGCACCGCAGUCAUGCUGCUGUGCCUCCUCGCCUCCGUUAUCACCUACAUCAUGCACCAGAGUGCCAUCCGGAUCAGCAGGAAAGGCCGGCAUACGCUCCUGAACUUCUGCUUCCAUGCAGCUCUGACCUUCACUGUGUUCGCAGGUGGCAUCAACCGCACCAAAUACCCAAUCCUGUGCCAGGCGGUGGGCAUCGUGCUGCACUACUCCACACUCUCCACCAUGCUGUGGAUUGGGGUAACUGCCAGGAACAUCUACAAGCAAGUGACCAAGAAGGCCCUGCCAUGCCCAGUCGCAGACCAGCCACCGUUCCCCAAGAAGCCCCUGCUCAGGUUUUACCUCAUAAGUGGAGGCAUUCCUUUCAUCAUCUGUGGGGUCACGGCUGCCACAAACAUCAGUAAUUAUGGGAUUGAAGAUGAGGACACAGCAUACUGCUGGAUGGCCUGGGAGCCCAGCCUGGGUGCAUUCUAUGGGCCGGCCGCCUUCAUCGCCCUGGUCACCUGCGUGUACUUCCUUGGCACCUACAUCCAGCUGCGGCGCCACCCUGAGCGCAGGUAUGAGCUCAGAGAGCGCACAGAAGAGCAGCAGCGGCUGGCAGUACCAGAAGGAGGCCACUGCCAUGGGAUGAGGCCCAGUACCCCAACUGCCUGUGAUGCCCUGUUGGCCUCACAGCUGCAGAAUGAGCACUCAUUCAAGGCUCAGCUGCGAGCCGCCGCCUUCACACUGUUCCUAUUCACAGCUACAUGGACCUUCGGGGCAUUGGCUGUGUCUCAGGGCCACUUCCUGGACAUGAUCUUCAGCUGUCUGUAUGGCGCCUUCUGCGUGACUCUGGGGCUCUUUGUGCUCAUCCAUCAUUGUGCCAAGCGGGAGGAUGUAUGGCAGUGCUGGUGGUCUUGCUGCCCUUCGCGUGGGGACACCUCCACCACCAAGCCCAGCACUCAUCCUGCCCUUGAUGCCAAUGGAGACAUACUGGGGCACACCUGCCUGCAAGACUCACCAGGCCCUGGCAACCCAAGGGGCUUUGGCCACCCACCCACAGGCCACUGCAAAAUGACCAACCUGCAGGCUGCCCAAGGCCAUGUCAGCUGCCUCUCACCAGCCACCCCAUGCUGUGCCAAGAUGCACUGCGAGCAGCUGAUGGAGGAGGAGGCCCACGUGCACAUGCCUGAGGAGGACGCCUUCAACCCAAACCUACACAGGUGCCUCAAGGGCAGAACUAAGCCUCACUACUUCAGCCAGCACCAGGCAGCUGCAGCUGAGCAUGAGUAUGCCUACCACAUCCCCUCCAGCCUAGACGGCAGCCCCCACAGCUCACGCACAGACAGUCCCCCCAGCUCUCUUGAAGGCCCCAUGGGGGUACAUACACUGGCCUGCUGUGCCCAAGGUGACCCUUUCCCUAUGGUCAGCCAACCUGAGGGCAGUGACACCGGUCCUGCACUCUAUGGCUGCCCCCCAAGGCUGCCUCCAGGCCCUGCCCACUUGGAGAUGCUCCGGAGGACACAGUCCCUGCCAUUUGGUGGCCCCAGCCAGAAUGGGAUGCUAAAGGGUACUGUUCAAGAAGGCCUGUCAUUCAGCUCUGACGGGACAGGCAACAUCCGAACAGGACCCUGGAAAAAUGAAACUACCGUGUAAUAGGGACAAGAAUACAUCGCCCUCAUCAGUGCCACCAUGUCCCUGGAGGAGUUUCAGAGCAAAAAGGGGACAUAUUUGCCACAUGAGAUUGGUGGAGAGGCUCCCCAAAAUGACCAAGCCUUUCAGGAGCAGCUCACACCUUAGAGCUACGCGCCCUUUGUUGUGAAAGAUUCCAGCAGGAAAAUGCUUUGGGCCACAGCUACCAAUGUCAGUCCCAAAGUGGGAUGUGGCUGUCUACAUAGUCACCCAAUUUCUGUUCGUAGCAUUCCAUCUCCAGGGUGACCCAGGAACAGAAAAUAGAUUCUAUCAAAAGCCACCCCAGUGCAGGGCCACGCACCCAUGCUGUAUUGCUGGGUGGUGAUCCAGGCAACCUCAUCAGAGGCCCAUCUGAUGUUUCCUGGCAUUGUGUGCAUAUGCACACAUGCGUAUGUGUAUGUGUGUAUAUGCGCACGUGCACACACAUAUGUUUCAUUUUGUUCCAGGAUCCUUGGUGGCCAAUCAUAAAGAGCAUUCUCCCACUGGGCAGUUUCCACAGGUCCCUUCCAGUUCCUUAUGUCUAUCACACCAGCAUUGCCCCCUGGCACUUCUGCCAGCUCACCUAACCCUAACCCCCCAACCACCUGAGAGCAUCUUGGAUGCUGGGGGAUAGGGUCCCCUCACCAUGGAGAUAUAGGCAAGGAAAGCAGCCAAUGGCUUCCAGCCUUCAGAAGGCUGGCCACAUACUCCUGGGGGCCCAUGUGGAUGCCCAAACACUUCUUAAUGGAGACUCAGCUUCCAGAUGCAGUCACUGUUGGGAUUGGACUGGAUUCUACACCAUAAUGGGCAUUUCUCUGUUCCACAAAGAAGAGGAGCUGACUAGGGUGUGAUAGUUAUCAGAGACAAAAUUUACUUUUCUUUUUUCAUCUUCAUCUGGGUACAAAGCCCCAACUCAAAGGGCAGAUGUUGAUGACAAUGAGCCUUUUGUGAAAAGACAUAGUCUGUCCCUGGGAAGAGUUCCGAGGCUGGAGCACUUGUGUUCAGAAGGCCAUGCCAAUGGGACUGUGCAUGGCCCUUCCUCUCUCCUCCCAGCCAUGGCACAUAUGCACACACAUGUACACACAUACAUGUACAUAAGCACAUAUGCAUAUAUGACACACAUGGACACACAUACAUUCACACAGGGUGCAUACCACAAAGGUGCACACGUACACACAGGUACAUGCACAUGUACUGCAAAGUGUACAUGCACACACCUGCAGAACAGGCAUGUGUAUGAGUGUAUGUAUGCACAGAAUACAAAACACACAUGAAUACCUGUAUGUAUCUACCUGUGCAACAUAAAUUUGCACACACUGCAGUGUAUACAAAUAUGCACAUGUGGACACACAUUUACACAUGUAACCCACACACAAGUGUUUUCUAUCCACUUCAACCCCUGGGUUUUCACUGCAGAUGCUCAUGUCAGCAUCGGGAUCAGUGUCACUGUGACUGGUCAGUGUGCUCCACUGUUGGGGCAGGUGGUUUCACCAGGAGCAGCAGCUUCCCAAAGCAUGCCUCAGAGGGGACAGCAUGAGGCAGGUUGAGGCACCUUGAAGGUGGGCACACUCUUCAGCGCUGCAGUGGGAAGUGCCAUCCGGAGCCCAGUGCUCAGUAUCUGAGUAAAGAGCCUGUCAGCCCUGAUACUUAUAAACUCAUCUGUGACACUGCGACUUACUGCAGGUCGCUGCACCCAAUACAGACCCCAUGUGUCCUUACAGGUCAACCAACAGACAACCAACAACCUCCGGGUGGUGUAAGCUCCUGUUACUGUCCAGGCUUGUCACCUGCUUCCUAGCUGAUGCACACAGAACCCAGCGCUAUGCUGUGUGCUCACUGUAGAUGCAGACCGUCCAGAUGAAAAUACAAUAUUUUGCAUUGUUUGUCCUUGGUGAGGCUGGUCAAUAGCAUCCUGUGUGUGUUUUUUUGCCCUUGACGGAACAGUGGUCCAAGUGGGGCUGGGACCCCACCCAGGCUGCUCCCUUGAGCUGUGGCCCCUCACAUCCUUUCUGCCCUCCACGCCCCUGGAAGAAUAAACAGGGCACCUCGUCAUUCAACCAAAGAAAAUUCAGCAUUAAACAUUGAACUUUA